GGCCUCUGUGCGCGCUCGCGCCCCGCCCGCGCCGCCGCCUCUCCCCGCGCGGGCUCUAGGCAGGCGGGAGGCAGCAGGGCCGGCGUUGCAGAGCGGGCCGUGCGGGCUGCGCGGGCGCGGGCAGGCGCGGGCGGCAAACGGCGGGCACCCGGCACCCCGCAGCCGGUACCGGGCGGAGCCGUGGAGCCGCGCACCGCGGAAGAGCAGGCCCAGGCAUCCAGCACUCUGCUGACUCUGACAUGCCCCCAGCAUCCCCCAGCUCUGCAGGGAGCCCUGGUGCCGGAGACCUUCUCCCGCUUCUCCCUAUGGGCGCCUGACCUGAGGGCAGAGCUGUCUGAGUGUGCAUAAGCACAGUAGGACAUCAGGACCUGGCUGGAAGACAUUGCCUCUCCUCCCCUCUGGACUUCUCAGAGACUGUUCUGCGAUGACCACAGCAAGGUACCGGCCCACCUGGGACCUGGCCCUCGACCCGCUGGUGUCUUGCAAGCUCUGUCUUGGGGAGUACCCAGUGGAGCAGAUGACAACCAUAGCCCAGUGCCAAUGCAUCUUCUGUACUCUGUGCCUGAAACAGUAUGUUGAGCUCUUGAUCAAAGAAGGAUUAGAAACCGCAAUUAGCUGCCCAGAUGCUGCCUGCCCUAAACAGGGCCACCUACAGGAGAACGAGAUUGAGUGCAUGGUUGCCGCUGAAAUUAUGCAAAGAUAUAAAAAGCUACAAUUUGAAAGAGAGGUGCUGUUUGAUCCCUGUCGGACUUGGUGCCCAGCGUCCACCUGCCAGGCUGUGUGUCAGCUCCAGGACGUGGGGCUGCAGACCCCCCAGCCAGUGCAGUGCAAAGCCUGCCAUAUGGAAUUCUGUUCCACCUGCAAAGCCAGCUGGCACCCUGGCCAGGGCUGCCCGGAGACCAUGCCGAUCACCUUCCUUCCCGGGGAGACCAGUGCUGCGUUCAAAAUGGAAGAGGACGAUGCGCCCAUCAAGCGCUGCCCCAAGUGCAGGGUCUACAUCGAGCGAGACGAAGGCUGCGCCCAGAUGAUGUGCAAGAACUGCAAGCACGCCUUCUGCUGGUACUGCCUGGAGUCUCUGGACGUCGUGGGCAUUUUUGCUGGAUUUGGGCUCCUGCUCUUGGUGGCCUCGCCUUUCCUGCUUCUGGCCACUCCCUUUGUACUUUGCUGCAAGUGCAAGUGCAGUAAAGGUGAUGACGACCCGUUACCCACCUAGAGGAAGUACGAUGCUGGAACAAAUCCCUGCCUCCGGGAAGCGUGGCUCUCCCCCAACCCUCCCCACCGUCCCCCUCUCACUAAACAUCUUUCUUGCCUUAUGUGCCCCAUUGAGCUUCACAGUGUCAGGCUGGACGCCGUGAUUUCAGGGACCUAUGUCACAAUGUUCGCUGAGGCCCCAGGUGUGGUCACCUAGGUGUGGGGAGGGGGAGGCAGGUGUGGGUAGGGCACAUCCCCACAGAUGAAUCUCUGCAGAUGACAGGGAGGUGCUGUGAGAAGCGCACCAGGCAGCUUUCUCUCUGUGGUAGACUAGGCAUGCCUGGGGAUGGCCUAAGAGACUUUCUCCUCCUUGGCUUCUAGAUGGCUCCAUGUUGUUGGAGAAGUCUUAAGGAUUGUGACUCUCUUCAGACAGAAUCUGAUUAUUCCAGCUUGAGAAAAGCACUCUGUUUAUGACAACUGGUUUUAUUACUAAUGGCAUUUAGUAAAAUCCUUUUUAGAAGGUAUUUUUUUUCCAACUGAGUAGUGAAAAUCAACAAGGUGCAUAUAAACCAUCCUAUGCCUUUCUUGAAAUGUGCAUUUUAAGAAGUUAUAGUUAAAACGACUCUUCAGGAGAUUUAGAAAGCCUUAUGCACUCUUUGUGUUUUUCUUGAAACUUGCUGUAAUAACUUUUUGAACGCUGUAAGCUAUGUACUGUUAUCAAUGUGGUUCCUAUAUUGUUGCAUUUCCUUGAUAAUAUUGACAUGUUUAGAGGAACAUCUCAUCUCCAUUAGAUUUGCCUUUUGUUGUUUUCUCUGGUGAUUCAGCUCAGCUCAUGGGUCUCAUCCCUUCUCUCCCAGGUAGCAGAAAACGCCUUUUAUUGUAUUCAAUCCAACCGCUUUGCUCCGAAAUGGCUCUCCUCCAAAUUGUUGCUGUCUGGCCUCUGGCCUAAGUCUUCAGGUAGACAGUGAGAAGAAAGCAGCCUUAUUGAUCCGCAGAGGUAGGGCCUCUUGGCAGCGGCUGGAGAGCUCUGGGGGCUGAGGAAGAGCCUGCCAGAUCUUCACGUUUUUAAAAUGCUCUAGUCAUUGUGAGAAAUCAUAUAUCUUACACAGUUCCAAGUCCUGUUGCUAACCGUUUUGCUCUUGUUGGGGAAAAGAACCUCCCGUUUCACUUAGUUUUACUGUGGGGAUUUUACCACUUGAUCUUUCACAGGGCUGUCUGAGACCAUUUCCAUGGCAGCAGGAUGCGGGGAUUAAUAAGGAGAAGAAGUUAUACAUUACUCCACCAUUACUCCAAGUUAUACAUUUCACACACAUGACUCCACCGGCUGACUUUGAAAAGUGGAGAAAGUGUAUUCUUUAAAGAGAAUUUACUUCUAAAAGCCACAGGUGCUUUUACAAAGCAAACUGCAUUGAACUGAAAACUUCUAAAAAUAACAGGCAAAUAUUAUAGAUAUAUUACAGUGGGAUUUAAAAAAUCUUGUUAAACAUUCUAUAAAGAAGUAAAACAAAAACAAAAUCCUUUUAUCUCAGUUAUUUGCUCAUCACAAGCACAUUUAAAAAAUGCUGCUUUGUGUGUGUUUGACUUCUGCAUUUGAGUAUCAGUCUCAGGUCCUAGUUUACCUUCCCUGGUUGGAGAUUUAUUUCUAAUUUCCUAACAAUGAAUUCAUUAGAAGAAACAGCAUCACAUCACUCUUCACCUCUCAUGUUGAUUUUCCUUAUGAAACUGAAGCCAUUUAGAAAAUCCCUCUGUGUCAAAAUUACAUUCAAAACGCUCUCCUUGUAAUUGCGAUUUAUAAGUUUAGUAAUCAAUAAGAACAUGCCUGUGACUCCCUUUCUGGAUGACACCUGGGCUGUGGCUCUCUGUAGUUUGUGGUGCUGUGAUGGUGUCUACUGGUAGAAUAGCUUUUCUGGAGGUGGGUGGCAACUCCACGCAGGAGUCAUUGGCUGGGCUUGAGCCCUCAGCCUGUGAUAUGUGGAUGCAGCUGUCCAGCCACUGCCCUUUAAAAUGCCCAGCACACAUGGGAGGCCUGUGGCCCAGUGUCCACCAUAUGCUUGUCCUUCCUGCCUGAAAUUGCUGCUGCCCAUUGCAUGAGCCCACACAGUAGCACCCCCAUCCUUGGGAUGAGAGUCAGAGCCUUUGGAAAGUCUGCAUCCCCAGGGCUAGAGCUCAGAUGACCUUACUUCUAGAGGGACAGGCUGUUCCCUUGGAGGAGUCUCUGGCCCAGUCACGCACAUCUGUAGCCCAGCCAUCCUCGUGCCUUCACCUCUGAUGUGUUUCACGAGCACGUAGUUCAACCCAGAUGGGACCCCAGAGAUUCUGGGACCGGCCAGGGGCGGCCACAUGAGCACCUACUGGCUCUGACUUUUUGUAUCAAGCAGGCCUCAGUUUGCUCAUUUUGAUCUAGUGACAAAAUUAAAAUUGUCCAUUUCCUAUAUAGAUACCAGCAAGACCACGCUGAGAUACAUGAACUCGCAUUUCCUUCUGUUUUAGUAAGGAAUGCCAGACUCAUCUUUGAUGGGAAUACAGUAUUAACCCUGCUCGAUGUAACAUGUAAAUAGCACAUGGGCAGAUGGCCCUGGGUUUGCACUUUGGUCUUGCCAUCACCCCCCAGUAACACCCGGGGAGUUCUGCAUUGAGUGGAUGGACUUACUCCUAUGAAGCGGCAUAAUUUGUCUCGAUUGAAAAAUGGCAUUCACUCUUACAGACGGUGUUCACUGCAAAGCCCUGGAAGCACAUGGCAUGUGUUCACUAAGAGGCCUUGAAUCCUGGGGAGUAAGGGGCGAAGGCCCUUAGACAACCACGGCUGCUGUACUGCCGCCCAGGUGGGGUGGCCAGUGAGGACUGGCCAUAGCCCAGUGAACCUGUGACUUAUCUGAGGCCCUUGAGUAAGUGACCACAUUUGGAGCUUUUGCUGGACAUGCCUGAUCUCUUGGUCUGGCUCUGCCGUGUAGUCCAUAGCCCAGCCAGAUGAGUUUGCACCCUCACAGGAGGCCAGCACCUUGCAAAGAUGCAGUCACCAUAGAUAUCCACAUAGCAGAGACUGAUUAGGAUCUGAGAUGAAGCAUUGGAUUGCAGGAAUAACUGUCCAAAUUAGUUCUUCCUCCUCAACUCACAGGAGUAGCUGUGGACAGAGGAACCAACAUCUACCACCUCUGGCAUUUUCUUUCUUUCUUUCUUUUCUUUUUUUUUUUUUUUUUUUUUAGAUGGAGUUUUGCUCUUAUCCCCCAGGCUGGAGUACAAUGGCACGAUCUCGGCUCACUGCAACCUCCACCUCCCAGGUUCAAGUGAUUCUGCCUCAGCCUCCCGAGUAGAUGGGAUUACAGGUGCCCGCCACCUCGCCCAGCUAAUUUUUGUAUUUUCAGUAAAGACGUCGUUUCACCAUGUUGGCCAGGCUAGUCUCAAACUCCUGACCUCAAGUGAUCCGCCCACCUCGGCCUCCCAAAGUGCUGAGAUUACAGACCCGAGCCACCGCACCUGGCCUAUUUUCUUAAAGGGGAACAAAUGAUCUUGACGACAUAUUAUUCCAUAAAACCAGUUUAGGACGCAUGCCAGUUCCUGAUUAGAACACAGGGCCCAUGGGAGGGACUAUCAGAGGUGCAAAAAUUACUUCAAGAUGAGUUUGUUGUUUUCAUUUAAUAUUGCAGAAGUUAGAAGUCAUUUUACAAAUUUAGAAGAGAAAAUUUUUUCUUGGUAGUGUUUAAAAAUUAGGGGAUUGAAAGGAUCCAGGAUGGGCUUUGUGUGUGUGUCUCCGAUUCUCAUUUAUUAGUGAGCACACCUGUGUAUAUAUAUAAAUCACAAGGAGAUCAUCAAGGGAAAACAUUUUGCAUGUGUAAAGCUUCAUGAAGUUCUCUUUAAAAAAUACCAAAGCUUGUUUAUUUCUGAUAAUUAACCUAAGCCCUUAUGAAAAUAAACAAAAUGAAAGGAUUAUGACCGUUACCAAAAACACCAAAAGGAACAAAGGGGCCUGCAUUAAAAUCUAUUUGCUAAUGCUUCACAACUAGGAGAGCAUGCCGUCUUGAUGUUUAAAAAACCCAGGGUCUCCGCCCUUCCUUUGAUUUGUGCAAUUCUGUCUUCCACAAUUCCGGAGCCUUCAGUGAGGGGUAGCUACAUGCCCCAUGCCUGCCCUUUCUUUCCUUCUUUGCUCACUUUACUAUGGGUGUAUUUUAAUCUUGUGUAAAAAUAUGCAUGAAUGAGUCAUGCACAUGUAUACGUUACGUAUUUGACAAGUGGUGGUAAAACAAAAUCAAAACAGAUUUGGUUUGUGUUUUUGAAAUGUCAGUUCAUUUUGUGCCACUAACACUGUGAUGUAUAAAAGAGCUGUUUGAAUGCCUUUUAAUGUUGUGUUUUGUACUCUGGAAUUAUAUGAAAAAUGUUUGAUUUGUAAUUUCAAUACAUAUUUUAAAUGUAUUCUGUCUUACGUAGUUUGUCCCCCCGCCCCCCUUUAGCAGGGAUUCCUUUUUAAAGCUAUUUUGGCUGGAAUACAGGUGAUUUUUGUAAA